AUGUCCCAAGGUACUUUAUAUGCCAAUUUCAGAAUCAGAACUGUUGUUCCAAGAGCCUUGGUCAAGACUUUCAACUUGGAUGUCAAGUUAGUGGAACCAGAAAAGGCUCAAGAACAAUUCGCCAGGGAUUUUCCAUUGAAAAAAGUCCCAGCUUUUGUUGGUCCAAAGGGUUUCAAAUUGACUGAAUCCAUGGCUAUCAAUUUCUAUUUGAUUAGUUUAUCUGAUGAUGAAAAAUUGAAAGCUCAAUUGCUAGGUCCUGAAAAUGACAUCAAGGCUAGAGCUGAGAUUAUUAGAUGGGAAUCAUUCGCUAAUAGUGAUUUCAUUAGUCAAAUUAUUAGAGCUUUUGGUCCAUUAAGAGGUGACGUUCCAUACAACAAGAAGAAGGUCGAUGCAGCUUUAGUGAAAAUUGAAGAAAUGGUCACUAUUUUUGAAGCUAGAUUGAGAAAUUACACUUAUUUGGCUACUGAAUCUAUCUCUUUAGCUGAUUUGGUUUGUGCUGCCAUCUUUACUAGAGGGUUCAACUAUUUAUUCGGUAAACAAUGGAGAGAUGAACAUCCAAUUAUUAUGAGAUGGUUCAACACUAUCAUUGCAUCUCCAAUCCUAAAGGAUGAAUACGUUGAUUUUAAGUUCAUUGAUGUUCCAUUGGCUCCUCCACAAAAUAAGAAGAAGGAAAAAAAGGCUGCUGAGCCAAAACCAGCUACUGCCAAGAAGGAAAAGAAGCCUGAUACUGAAGCUGAAGCUGACGUUGAAGCUGCUCCAGCUAAGAAACCAAAACAUCCAUUGGAAUUGUUAGGUAAAUCUACUUUCAUCUUAGAUGAAUGGAAGAGACAGUAUUCUAACGAAGAUACUAGACCAGUUGCAUUACCAUGGUUCUGGGAACAUUACAAUCCAGAAGAAUACUCUUUAUGGAAGGUUGAUUACAAAUAUAACGAUGAAUUGACUUUAACUUUCAUGUCUAACAAUUUAGUUGGUGGUUUCUUCAACAGAUUAUCUGCUUCUACCAAAUACAUGUUUGGUUGUUUAGUUGUCUAUGGUGAAAACAACAACAAUGGUAUCACCGGUGCUAUUAUGGUUAGAGGUCAAGAUAAUGUCCCAGCUUUCAAUGUUGCUCCUGAUUGGGAAUCUUACUCUUACAGCAAGUUGGACCCAACUAAGGAAGAAGAUAAGGAAUUCAUUAAUAACAUGUGGGCUUGGGAUAAACCAGUUGUUGUCAACGGUGAAUCCAAGGAAAUUGUUGACGGUAAGGUUUUAAAAUAG